AUGUUGAAGAAUCAGUUGCAGGAAGAGGUUCAUGUUGCUACCUCAACAAGGGAUGGUGAGGACGAUGAUGAAGAUGAUGAAGAUCUGGUUACACCAGAUACCUCGACUUACACAAGCGACUUUGAGUUUGAGCAAAUCGAUACUACAAAAGAAGAGCAACAGCUGCAACAGCAGCUGCAGCUGCAGCUACAGCGGCUACAUACUCUCGACGAUCCGGCAAAGUUUCCAAAUGCUUGGAACUUAAAAGCCAUGUUGACUUUAUUGGGCUCGUUUAUAGGGUUGAUUGGGUCUUUGGGGUUUGUAAAUACUGCUGGAGUAAUAUCAACUUAUUUGUCUGAAAAUACUUUAAAGGGAGAGUCACAAACAACAAUAAGCUGGAUCUUCUCACUCUAUAAUUUUUUUGCAUUUGGCGGGUGUUUGAUAUCAGGAGUAGUGUUUGAUAGAUUUGGGUGCAGAAUACCGGUAUUCUGUGGAGGUAUCGCUAUGUUUUUGGGAUUGCUUUGUACAAGCUUCUGCUAUAAAGUUUGGCAGUUCAUUUUGGCAUACGGCGUGCUAGCAGGUUUUGGUGCCGCCUUCACUUUUGGUCCCUUUAUCGCGGUGCUAAGUCAUUGGUUUUUACUGAAAAGGGCUUUGGCAGUUGGAGCUGCAUACACUGGUGGCGGUGUCGGCGGUGUUAUCUUUCCCUUAAUUUUCAGAGCAUUGUUUCCCAAAGUUGGGUUUGGAUGGACUAUACGAGUAGGAGCAUUCAUUUCCUUGUUUUUUCUACUAUUGGGCUGGGCUCUCGUGAGCGAUCGCAAUAAAGAAUUUGCUGAAUACACCGAAGACAACAUUUUCAAGCAGAUUUACGACUCGAUUGAUUUUAGGAUUAUGAUUAAAAACCCGCUAUUUACGGUGAUUGUUACUGGUUUGCUAUUCAACGGAAUAGCUUUUUUGAUCACUUUGGUAGAGUUACCCACCUAUUCGACUAUGCGCGGGUUCUCAGAGAGCGAAUCUUAUUUACUAAUUGUGGUUUUCAAUUCAUUUAGUAUACCUGGUAGAAUAAUUCCAAGUUUCGCGGCAGAUCAUGGUUUUGGAAGGUUCAACACAUUUUGUGUUAUCAACGUUUUAUCCUUGAUAAGCUUUUGUGUCAUUUGGGUCCCAUUUGGCCAUUGGUUGAAAGCAUUAUUUGUAUUUGCAGGAUGCUUUGGGUUUACAAGUGGUUCGGUUUUGAGUCUCUCGGCGAGCCUUGUAUCAUCUAUUGUGAAAACAGCCGAUGUGGGAAAAGGUUUGGGAACCGCUUUUUUCAUACUUUCAUUGGGCGACCUAUUUGGUUUACCAAUUGCAAGUGCAUUUAUAAAUGAAAACCCAGAAAGCUAUGACCAUUUGGUUUAUUUUUUGACUUCAUGUGCAUUCGUAGGAGCAUGCGUGAGCUUUGUCUCAAGGUACAUGUACGGCGGUUUCAAUUUGAAACCGGUGUAG